UAUGAUGUAUGAGCAGAAUCACUUCACCACCACGUUGCGAGCAAAUUGUCCGGAGAACAGAAUCGUCCACCAGAUAGACACAAGCCCACAUGAAACUUCUACGCAAACCCUUCCUAAAGGUUCUUGUGCAAUCUCCUCGGGUUCUUGUGCAAUCUCGGAAACGCCAACUUUUCCUUCUCUUUACUCAUUUCACCGUAUUAAAUCAGGCUGCAAACAUGCAUUGCAUUGAGAAAAGGCAACUGAAUUAAAAGCCUCCUGGCUCCAACCAACUGUUGCACUCAGUCCCUUUCCAAUGCUUUCCCCUCCCUCUUUAACACUCCCUAAUGAAAACGGACACAAGUGCCAAAUAGUCGGUUCAGUUUGUGCAACGCUGCAGCAUGCGUUCUUCUUCCAUGCUUCCUCUGUUCUUCUUCUUCAUCUUCUUUAUUCCACACCUCUCUUUCUCCCUCAACCAAGAAGGCCUCUCCCUUCUCUUCGCUAAGAGCUUCCUCUCUGACCCCUACAAUGUCCUGUCCAACUGGAACCCUGCGGACUCCAACCCCUGCAACUGGACCGGGGUAACCUGCGGCGCCGCCGCCUCCGUCACGGCCGUCGACCUAUCCGGCUUCGCUCUCUCAGGUCCCUUCCCUUCUGCGCUCUGCAGCCUUCCUCAUCUCACCUUUCUCUCCUUUUCCAACAAUGGAAUCAACUCCUCGUUGUCCGCUUCCGCGCUCCGAGGCUGCUCCGCCCUUACCCAUCUCGACCUCUCGCAGAAUCUGCUCGUCGGCCCGCUCCCGGCUUCGCUUCCUUCGCAGCUCACCGACCUCUUGCACCUGGAAUUGACGCAGAACAAUUUCUCCGGCGAAGUGCCGGCGUCUUUUGGAAAUUUCCCGCGCCUCCAAUCGCUCUCCUUGGUGGGGAACCAGCUCACCGGUUCGCUGCCUUCGUUCUUAGCCAAUUUGUCUUCUCUAAGCGAGCUUAAUCUCUCUUACAACGACUUCGCUCCGUCUCCGGUUCCGUCCGCCUUUGCUAACCUCACGCAGCUUCGCGUGCUCUGGCUCGCCGGCUGUAACCUCAUCGGCCGCAUUCCGCCAGACCUCGGCCGCCUUUCCUCCCUAAUGAAUCUCGACCUCGCCUAUAAUUCCCUCACCGGCAGUAUUCCCGAAUCUCUCGCUGGGUUGUCGUCGGUGGUCCAAAUUGAGCUCUACUCUAAUUCGCUUUCCGGUCCAUUUCCCGUAGGCUUCUCCAACCUUACCCAACUCCGGUUCCUCGACGCUUCCAUGAACCACCUCUCCGGGAGCAUCCCCGAUGACGUUUUCCUCGCUCCAAACAUUGAAAAUUUGCAGCUUUACGAGAAUAAUCUAGUAGGGCAGAUCCCUCUGACUAUUUCCCGGUGCAAAAAUCUUUUCGACCUCCGGUUAUUCUCCAACCGCCUCACCGGCUCUCUUCCGGCUAAUUUUGGCAAGAACUGUCCUCUUAGCUUUCUUGAUCUCUCCGACAACUUUCUCUCCGGCGAAAUUCCCGUCGGUUUAUGUGACGGCGGGGCUCUGAGGGAGCUUCUCUUGCUAAAUAAUUCAUUUUCAGGUAGGUUGCCGGAGAAUCUUGGCAGGUGUAGGACACUGACUCGCGCACGACUCCCUAACAAUUGUCUUUCCGGCGAGGUCCCGUACUCCUUUUGGGGACUGCCUCACUUGUGGCUGCUCGAGUUAUCCGGUAAUUCCUUUUUUGGCAGCAUCUCGCCAGCUAUAUCCACUGCGGCUAAUCUAUCCAUGCUUCUACUCUCCGACAACCAAUUUAGUGGUCCUAUUCCGGAGGAAAUCGGAACUCUGUCUAACAUGUACGAGUUCUCGGCAGCCAACAACCGCCUCUCAGGAUCUCUGCCGGUUAGCAUGCGGAAACUCUCUAAGCUCGGAGAGUUAGAUCUCCACAACAAUUCCCUCUCCGGUGAGCUCCUCAGGGGUGUCCAAUCAUGGAAGAAACUUAGCCAGCUGAACCUCGCCGAUAAUGAGUUAUCUGGUAGCAUUCCGUCGGAGAUUGGAGAUCUCCCGGUGCUCAACUAUCUCGAUCUCUCAGGGAAUGAACUCAACGGAGAGAUUCCAAUGGAGUUGCAAAAUCUAAAACUCAUUCAAUUCAACCUAUCCAACAACCAGUUCUCCGGCCGCCUUCCUCCUCUGCUUGCAGCACAGGCUUAUCAGAACAGCUUCUUAGGCAAUCCCGGCCUAUGCGGGGACUUGAUCACUGGCCUUUGUCCUCGUGUGAAAGGCGAAAGGAAUCCGGAACGUGAAAUUAUCAUGUGGCUUCUUCGAUCGUUGAUUGUACUCUUAGCCCUCGUGCUAGUUCUUGUGGCAGUUUGUUUCUAUUGGAGGAACAGGAACCCGAAUCUGGCACUUCCAGCAGUAGACAGACUAAAAUUGAAGCUCACUUCCUUCCAUAAGCUUGUACUCAGUGAGAAUGAAAUCUUGAAUUGCCUCGACGAAGACAACGUGAUAGGAACCGGAGCCUCCGGCAAGGUCUACAGGGUCGUGCUCGAGAACGGCGACACGGUCGCAGUGAAAAAACUCUGGGGCGCCUCGAAAAAAGGCUGCGUUCACGAGGGAUUCGGGGAUGGCUUCGAAGCAGAGGUGGCAACCUUGGGGAAGGUAAGGCACAAGAACAUCGUGAAGCUAUGGUGCUGCGUCACGCACAACGACUGCAAGCUCCUUGUCUACGAGUACAUGCCAAACGGGAGCUUAGGAGACAAACUCCACGGUAGCAAAGGAGCCCAGCUGGAGUGGCCGACGAGGCUGAAGAUCGCCAUGGAUGCGGCGGAGGGGCUUGCCUACCUGCACCACGACUGUGUUCCACCCAUCGUUCACCGAGACGUCAAGUCCAACAAUAUAUUGUUAGAUGCGGAGUUUGGCGCCAAAGUUUCAGACUUCGGCCUCGCGAAGGCCAUUGAAAAAGGACGACAGUCCAUGUCAAUCGUCGCCGGCUCCUGCGGCUACAUCGCUCCAGAGUAUGCGUACACGCUGCGGGUUACUGAAAAGAGUGACAUAUAUAGCUUCGGCGUGGUUAUUCUUGAGCUGGUAACUGGAAGAGUUCCGGUGGAUCCUGAGUUCGGAGAGAAGGAUUUGGUCAAGUGGGUGAGCUGCGUGAUAGAGCAGAAAGGAGUGGAUAACGUGAUCGAUCAGAGGCUCGAUCUUUGUUUCAAGGAAGAGAUCCGCAAGGUCCUCAACAUCGGCCUCCUCUGCACCGACUGUCUUCCGGCCAAUCGCCCAUCCAUGAGGACUGUGGUGAAGAAGCUCCUCGAGGUGGCGCAUGACAACAUGCUUAAGCCGUCGAUAAAGGACCCGAAGCAAGUUUGAUGCAAUGCAAUCUUUUUAGACAGCUAUCAUAUCGAGUUAGGUAAUGUAUAGGAUGAUGCUGUCGAUGUUUCUGCAGUUGUACUGUACCCUGCGUUUACUUUUAUAUGAAAUCUUAUGAAAGGACAUGUUCAAUUUAUUAGUUAUAAUUAUUUUAAUUA